AAGGUAGACCAUGCACUAAUUCUGCAGACAUGUGUGAAUUAUUUAACUCAACUUUUGCAGGUAACUACCUUAAGCCCACAGUCCGGUUACUCAAUAUACACCCUGCUAAUAAUGUGGCACAAACUCCAUCUCCACACACACCAAACUUAAUUAGUACUGUUGAAUUUAACUAUACUAACAUUAAACAAACUAUAAGAACCCUAAAAUGCUCAAAAGGUUUCGGUACUGACGGCAUAUCAUCCUAUUUUUAUAAAUAUGGUGGCCCUGACAUCCCCUUACUACUGCUUAAAAUAUUCACAAUGUCCUUAGAAACCCAAACUUACCCUGAUGUGUGGAAAACAACGUUUAUUAUGCCUAAACACAAAUCUGGCUCGAAAACAGAAGUCAGUAACUACAGGCCGAUCAAUAUCACACCUAUCGCAUCUAGAAUUAUGGAGAGACUGGUUAAAGACAACCUAAUCAAGCAUACGCUUAGCUGCAACAUUAUAAGUCCGAACCAACAUGGAUUCCUAAAAUCCAGAUCUUGUUUAACAUGCCACUUAGACUUCAACUUUGUGACCAGCAGUCGUGACAGACGACAACUAGUACUUGUCAUCUACUUUGACAUCUCAAAGGCAUUUGACCGAGUCGACCAUUUACUACUAAUACAUAAGCUGAAAUCCUUAGGAAUACGUGACCCACUAUUAGGAUGGCUUAAAUCAUUCUUUAACAAUAGGUCCCAAAUAGUUAAACUCGGAUCUAUAACUUCGAAACCUAGCCCAAUCACCUCUGGUGUAGUACAAGGUAGUGUCAUUGGACCCCUAUUUACUCUAUAUAUUGACGACAUAUGCGCUUGCUUCUCUCAUGGGAAACCAUUCAUCUUUGCAGAUGACCUCAAAGUAGCUUAUACAUUCCAAUCUGAUGACCUAGGGUACUUCCAGAAUGCUGUAAAAAGGACUAGAUAAAGUGACUGCUCGGUAGUCAUUAUGGAAACUCCAAUUUAACCUUAAAAAAUGUGGCUGGAUCUGCUUCGGUGCACCCUCAAUCGACAUGAAAUUAACGCUUCAAUCGGCUAACCUAACCAAACUCCAAAGUGUCGUUGACCUAGGUCUAAGGUACUCGAGUAACCUAACAUUCUCUGAGCAAGUGGCAUCACAGACUCAAAAGUCGAAGAUGCUCUUAGGAUGCAUACUCAGGAACUUUCACGAGAAUGAAGCAAAGCUCAUUCUGUACAAAAUCUGUGUGAGGCCACCACUAGAAUACUGUCCAUUUAUUAUUAGCAGCACUCACACACGUGAGAAGCUAAGAAUAGAAAGUAUCCAACGAUAUUUUACAUCAAAACUACUUGGCUACGAAUGUAAGAAAGACUACAUCUCACGGUGCAUGAUUCUAUAACUUGGCCCACUCUGGACAAGACGACUAAUUAUAAACCUAGUAUUCUUCUAUAAGGUCCUACACAAAAUAUCAUUCUCAGACAGUAAGGACAUACAAUUCGCACAAGAAGGCUCUUACGAUCAGCGUAACCAAAAUUGCACAGUGAAAAUAAAAGCCUUUAAGUCAACACUCCGCGAAAACUUCUUCACAGUCAUGUGUUCUAAAAUAUGGAACAACCUGCCCCUAGUAGUCAGGAACUGCAAUACGGUUAUAAGUUUCAAACGCUCUCUGUACAGACUGUUUCACUCUACUGAUUAUAUAAAUAAACUAUUUAUUCCUAGGACGAAUCAACUAUUAGUCUACUACAGUACCUAAACGCGCUUAAAUACCCUUUACUACUUUAAAAAACUAUAAACAAACUAGACGCAUAGAUGCAUAAAAGACUUAGUAGAAAUAAAUAUUUGUUAGCUAAAUAACAAUGUACAACUAAUAUGAACAUAUAUAUCUCAAUCCACCUACUUUUUCUCUAACCCUCUGGUACUUUUCGGUUGUAUUUGCUUUGUAGUACAAGUUGCAUUGAUCUACAUUCCGACUGAAGAUGAGAAACAAUUGAAGUCACUUACUCAUAUAUUAUCCCUCAAGGUUUGGCUAGUAAUGGCUCAGCAUCCUUGAUGAAAUCCACUGUCACCAUAACUAGACGCUGUACAGCAUCUUAUACAAGCACUGUCGACGAUCUAAAAUGGUCCUUAUAUAGCUUCCUACGUGUUUAUCAACUCACUCAUACGGAACAACCAUGUUGUGACAAAUGGCAGGCUCUGGCUGACUUGAG